GGCAGGCGGAGGAGGAGCUGUCGCGGUCAGCCGCCUCACAGCGAUGGCGGCCGAGCAGGGCCGGCGGCGGUGGCGGCUGCGGCUACGGCCGGAGACAGCAGUGGUGGCAGUAGCGGUGGGUGGCGGGGGCCUGUGACCGGGAGCCGCCCCUGGGCCCGGGCAUCAUGAGCCAAGGCCCCCCCACUGGGGAGAGCAGCGAGCCCGAAGCAAAGGUCCUCCACACUAAGCGGCUUUACCGGGCUGUGGUGGAGGCUGUGCAUCGACUUGACCUCAUCCUUUGCAACAAAACCGCUUAUCAAGAAGUGUUCAAACCGGAGAACAUUAGCCUGAGGAACAAGCUACGUGAGCUCUGCGUCAAGCUUAUGUUCCUGCACCCGGUGGACUAUGGGAGGAAGGCUGAGGAGCUACUGUGGAGAAAGGUAUACUACGAAGUUAUCCAGCUUAUCAAGACUAACAAAAAGCAUAUCCACAGCCGGAGUACCUUGGAAUGUGCCUACAGGACGCACCUGGUUGCUGGGAUCGGCUUCUACCAGCACCUCCUUCUCUACAUCCAGUCUCACUACCAGCUGGAACUGCAGUGCUGCAUCGACUGGACCCACGUCACCGACCCCCUCAUAGGAUGCAAGAAGCCAGUGUCUGCCUCAGGGAAGGAGAUGGAUUGGGCACAGAUGGCAUGCCACCGAUGUCUAGUGUACCUGGGGGAUUUGUCACGGUAUCAGAAUGAACUAGCUGGCGUAGACACUGAGCUGCUAGCUGAGAGAUUUUACUACCAAGCCCUGUCAGUAGCUCCUCAGAUUGGAAUGCCCUUCAACCAGCUGGGCACCCUUGCAGGCAGCAAGUACUAUAACGUGGAAGCCAUGUAUUGCUACCUGCGCUGCAUUCAGUCAGAAGUGUCCUUUGAGGGGGCCUAUGGAAAUCUCAAGCGGCUGUAUGACAAGGCAGCGAAAAUGUACCACCAGCUGAAGAAGUGUGAGACUCGGAAACUCUCUCCCAGCAAGAAGCGAUGUAAAGACAUUAAGAGGUUGCUGGUGAACUUUAUGUAUCUGCAAAGCCUCCUGCAGCCCAAAAGCAGCUCCGUGGACUCAGAGCUGACAUCCCUUUGCCAGUCAGUCCUGGAGGACUUCAACCUCUGUCUCUUCUACCUGCCCUCCUCACCCAACCUCAGCCUGGCCAGUGAGGAUGAGGAGGAGUAUGAGAGUGGAUAUGCUUUCCUCCCGGACCUUCUCAUCUUUCAGAUGGUCAUCAUCUGCCUUAUGGGGGUGCACAGCUUGAAGAGAGCAGGGUCCAAGCAGUACAGUGCAGCCAUCGCCUUCACCCUGGCCCUCUUCUCCCACCUCGUCAAUCACGUCAACAUCCGGCUGCAGGCUGAGCUGGAAGAGGGCGAGAAUCCCGUCCCGGCAUUCCAGAGUGACGGCGCAGAUGAACUGGAGUCCAAGGAACCCUUGGAGAAAGAGGAGGAGCCGGGUCCUGAGCCGCCUCCUGUAGUACCUCCAGAGGGUGAGGUCAGAAAGAGUCGGAAGUUCUCCCGCCUCUCCUGCCUCCGCCGCCGCCGCCACCCGCCCAAAGCAGGUGAUGACAGUGACCUGAGUGAAGGCUUUGACUCGGACUCAAGCCAUGACUCGGCCCGGGCCAGUGAGGGCUCGGACAGUGGCUCCGAGAAGAGUCUUGAAGGUGGAGGAACAGCUUUUGACGCUGAGACAGAUUCAGAAAUGAACAGUCAGGAGUCCCGAUCAGACCUGGAAGAUAUGGAGGAUGAGGAUGGGACACGGUCCCCAGCCCUGGAGCCAUCUCGGGCCAGGUCAGAGGCUCCUGAAUCCCUCAAUGGCCCUCUGGGCCCCAGCGAGGCCAGCAUUGCUAGCAAUCUACAAGCCAUGUCCACCCAGAUGUUCCAGACCAAACGCUGCUUCCGACUGGCCCCCACCUUCAGCAACCUGCUCCUCCAGCCCACUACCGAAGCAGCCGCCUCGGCCAGCCUCAGGCGCUGUGUCAACGGGGAUGUGGACAGGCCUUCAGAGCCAGCCUCUGAAGAGGGCUCGGAGUCGGAGGGAAGCGAGUCCAGUGGGCGCUCCUUUCGGAAUGAGCGGAGCAUCCAGGAGAAGCUGCAGGUCUUGAUGGCCGAAGGCCUGCUCCCUGCCGUGAAAGUCUUCCUGGACUGGCUGCGGACCAACCCCGACCUCAUCAUUGUGUGUGCGCAGAGCUCUCAAAGUCUGUGGAACCGCCUGUCUGUGUUGCUGAACCUGUUGCCAGCUGCUGGCGAACUCCAAGAAUCUGGCCUGGCCCUGUGUGCUGAGGUCCAGGAGCUUCUUGAAGGUUGUGAACUGCCUGACCUCCCAUCUAGCCUGCUGCUCCCAGAGGACACGGCACUUCGCAACCUGCCUCCCCUCCGGGCGGCCCACAGACGCUUUAGCUUUGAUACAGCUCGGCUCUUGCUCAGCACCUUAGAGGAGACAGUCGUGCGGAUCUGCUGCAUACGCAGCUUUGGCCACUUUGUUGCCCGCCUGCAAGGCAGUAUCCUGCAGUUCAACGCAGAGGUCGGCAUCUUUGUCAGCAUCGCCCAGUCUGAGCAGGAGAGCCUGCUGCAGCAGGCCCAGGCCCAGUUCCGCAUGGCACAGGAGGAAGCUCGGCGGAACAGGCUGAUGAGAGACAUGGCCCAGCUACGACUUCAGCUCGAGGUCUCUCAGCUGGAAGGGAGCCUGCAGCAGCCCAAGGCACAGUCAGCAAUGUCUCCCUACCUCGUCCCCGACACCCAGGCCCUCUGCCACCACCUCCCUGUCAUCCGCCAGCUGGCCACCAGUGGCCGCUUCAUCGUCAUCAUCCCGAGGACAGUGAUCGAUGGCCUGGAUUUGCUGAAGAAGGAACACCCCGGGGCCCGGGAUGGGAUCCGAUAUCUGGAGGCAGAGUUUAAAAAAGGGAACAGGUACAUUCGCUGCCAGAGAGAGGCAGGGAAGAGCUUCGAGCGGCAUAAGCUGAAGAGGCAGGAUGCCGAUGCCUGGACACUCUAUAAGAUCCUGGACAGCUGCAAACAGCUGACUCUGGCCCAGGGGGCAGGUGAGGAGGACCCGAGCGGCAUGGUGACCAUCAUCACAGGCCUUCCACUGGAUAACCCUAGCACGCUCUCAGGCCCUAUGCAGCCCCUCAACGACUUGACCCAUAAUUUAGGAGGUCAGACCCUCCUCCACCUGUCCUUCCCCCAAUUCCACAGGCAGCCUUGCAGGCCGCUGCACAUGCCAGUGUGGACAUCAAGAAUGUUCUGGACUUCUACAAGCAGUGGAAGGAGAUUGGCUGAAGCUGAGCCCCAGGCCCUGCAGCGGGGCUGACUCCAGAUCUCUCCUGCCCUCCCUGGCAGCCAGGACCACCACCUGUAGUCACCCCACCACACGCAGACUCACGCACGCACACAGGAAGGAAGCCCAGCUGCACACGGGCUGCAGGGAGGGCCCAGGAGCCAGCUGGGAGGGCGGGGUCCCCCUGUUGCCAAGACGACGUCAGGAAAGCAAGGAAAGUGCUCGGAGCAGGAGAGGCCUGUGGGCCCCUAGCCAGCCUUCCUGCCUCAGCCCCCUGCUUUCCCCAGGGGCAGGCGGCAGGUGCGGUGUCUGUUUCAUUGGAGUGGUUCCUGGACCUCUGAGGGGAAGGGACAGCAGAAGGGGCCCUUCCUCACCCCAGGACACAGGGUGGGUGGUGCCAGGAGUUGGGGCCCUCGGGGCCUGGGGCAGAGUUGGGUAACAUCGGGUGUCUGGGUGGUUCUCUGCAGACCCUUCCUCUCCUCAAGGACCGUCUGCCCCUCUCAUCCCCCUUUGCAGGGACAGGCAGCUCUGGAGCCCUGGGGACUCAUAAGGAAGAGGGGCCUGGGGCUGCUGGCACCGACAGCAGGGCAGGGCUUGGAUCCCCUCCUGCUGCGGGGGCUGCACACCAUUGCCCCACUUGUUCCCUGUCUCCCCUCUUCUAGCUUCCAGUGCAGGGAGCAGGCCUGCAGCAGCUGCAGGCAGUCGGGCCUGUGUGCCAGGGAGGGCUCCUGUGCCCACCAGCCCCCGGUCACUGCGCGUUGUGCUCUGGGCUGGGACAGAGUGGGGUGCCAGUUAGAGGAGAGCGGUGCAGAGUUUGAGGCCACCACCCUGCUUACUAUCGAGGGAGGGGCCUGAGCUCGGAUGGGCAGCAGAAAGGAGAGGCCCCUUGAAGGUGCCUGGCUGGGCGCCCUCUGCCCUAGCAUGCUUCCCUACUUCUGUCCUUCCCCCAGGACUGAAGGCCUGGGGGAGCCAAGCGUGGGGCUAGCUUGUGGAGAGCCAAGGCGAGUGUGAGAGCAGAGAUCAUGAAUAGCUCAGGGCUGUGAGUGGAGCCACGGGAGCGGGCCUGCAUGAGGGAGGCUUUGGCCAAGAUUGCCUCGGCCCCUCCCACCUCGGGCUGCACAUGUACCGUGGGCUGGGGGUUGAGGGUGGGGGGUCUCAGCUCUGCUGUUCCCCACCCCAGCGCUAGCCCAGCUUCCCAGGCUGUCCUCAGGGGACAGCAGGCUUCCUGCAUCCUUCCUCUAAGAAGGCAAGUCUGGGACAGCCUAGGGGGAGUGGGGUCACUCCCACUUCCAGUCCCUGGCAGAGACUUGAGACUAAAGCAUCCCUUAAUAAAGACCCCUGAAGCCCU